AUGACUUCGACGCAGGAAGGCGAGACGACCGAGGAAGAGAGAUUAAAGGUGGAAGAUCUCCAAGAGAGCAAACUGGAAGAUGACAGCAGAAUGCAUGAAGUCGGCUUGCAGGAGGACCGACUGCAAGAGGAUGAUAUCCAGGUAGACGGCAUGAACGACGACCGCAUACAAGAAGAGACGCUCCACGACGCAAGGAGACUGGAACACGAGAGACUGGAGAGCGAGAGACUGGAGAGCGAGAGAAUGGACGAGGAGCGCAUCCCGAGUUAUCCGUCUCCUUUGCCAGAGGAGCGGCUCCAAGAAGCCGAUCGAAUGCAUAGCUAUCCUUCGCCAUCGGCCGAAGCUCAAGACAGCGGCCCUUAUUAUCACCCGGCUACACGGGACGAUGAUCCCCAAGAACAGCAACAGCCGCCGCCCACGCCACAGCAGCCCUCGUCACACUCUGCCAGUGUGGAGGAGUUGCAGUUAGCUGCUCAGCUUGGCCAGGAUCUUGCGGCAGAGCCCCUGAUGCACGUCACAGAUCCAGGCAUGAACGUCGAGGACCCAAGUCUUCGUAGCAUCAUGCCCAAUCCUCAUUCCAAUUCCCAUUCGGAGCAACCUCAAUCUCAACAGCAACAGGCACAGGCACAGGCCCCGACCUCAGCCCAGACACAAACACAGACGCAGACGCAAACACAGGCGCAGGCUCAGACACAGGCUCAACAGCACCAGCACCAGCAUCCUCCUCACCAGCAUCCACAUCAGCACCCUCAUCAGCCCCCUCCCCUCCCGCCUGCGUCUCGUUCUUACGUAUCCGAGGAAGCAUUGCCAGAGUCACUACAGCAACACAUGCCCAUGUCCAUGCCCAUGGACCACCAUCAUCUUGCUCAACCAUAUGCCCUGGGUGACAGCACUCCGCCUAGAAAACGGUCAAAGGUGUCUCGCGCAUGUGACGAGUGCCGGAGAAAGAAGGUCAAAUGCGAUGCCCAGUCAGAUGCUGGAGACAGCCCAUGCUCCAACUGCAAGCGGUCUGGCAUCCGCUGCAUGUUUAGCCGUGUUCCUCAGAAGCGCGGUCCAAGCAAGGGAUACAUAAAAGAACUUGCCGACAGGAUCAACAGCAUUGAGGGCAAGUUGGAGAUCCAAAGUGAGUCAUUGCCACCCGAGUCAAUGGUAAACUGGACCUCUGCGGCAGCAAUGCUUAACUCCAUGUCAGGCCCUGGUGAGGACAACAGCCGGAAACGACCAUUCUCCAGCAUCUCCAGCACCGACAUCUCUACUCCAGCACCACAGAGACAGGUCGCCUGGGGUACCGAGCCUCGCCCUCUUCAGCCUAUAGCAACACCAUCUGAUCGUUAUCAACCGUCCCCUUUCGCCACCAAUGGCUUAGCACCCCAGCCUUUGGCUUUGCCCAUUAAGAAUGACAUGCAGCCACGGCCCCCUAUUGCAUCAAUGGAUGGCCCUGUGGCUGACAUGCCUGAUAUUGAUCAGGCGCGAGAUGUGGAUGAAGAGGUUUUCAAUGGCUACCUGACCAUGAUUCAUCCUUACUUUCCAUUCCUGCCGAGCAGCAGGGUGUUGAUACAAGAGUAUUUGGCUCAGUGCCCCGGCCUUCUUCGGGAAGCUUUUGUAGAGGCUCUCUCGGGAACUAUUCACUCAUUCCCUUCGUUCCAGUCAGGUACUCCUGGAGACGUCCGCCUCGCCCACACGCUAUUAGUAGAAUGGGAGGCUAGCGAUUCUACCUCUCGGACUGCUGUUGCAAACCUCGUUUUCCUCCAGACACUUCUCCUCAUGAUUAUUGAGGCUGACAUUCGACCACUGGGCUCUAUCGGCGCACCCAAGGAAUCCCUGUUGGGCAGGGCGGUAGCGAGCGCCAACACCCUGAAGCUAUAUCAGGCCAAGGCAGAUCUUUCAGAGGCCGAAGCAGGCCCAGAUAACGAAAGCCACCUUCGUGUCAGAAUUUGGUGGUCGUUGGUCUUGCUCGACCGAUGGAAUGCUGUGGGUGCUGCGGUGCCUUCCUUGAUCCGAGAUGAAAGCGUGGUACUGGCACCUGGCCUCAAGGCGGUCAUUGGCGAAGUGCCAUACCUGCUGAUCCGUGCAUCCAAGUUUCUCAGCCGUGCGUCAUCCAUGAUUACCAACUUCCAAGAGCCACUCAACACAACCUUUGCGGACCGCAUGGUGGGCUCUUUCAUGGAUGCGUGGGUAGAAGACUUUCGUGAGGAUCUGCCUGCCCACAUCGAGCCCAACAUUUAUCCUGUUGUUCAUCUUGUCUAUUGGCACUGCCGCUUAUUGGCGUAUCUUCUCAACCCAUCCGCCAAGUCGACCGAUGUCUUGUGGCCCAGUCAAGAGUUAAUCAACCUCCUGAUCGGCCAUUCGCAGCUCAUCACACCCUUGCACCAUCAUUUUACAGUUCUUGCGGUGCUCACAUUAGUCGAGCUGGCAAAGUUGGACAAGACAAAGGAAGAGGCCACAAGGCUUCUCGGUGAAUUCCGAGAUUCCUCGCUUCCAGCUUCCGUCUUUGAUGGACUGGUUCGGGACAGGAUUGCUGAUCACCUUCGCCUCUCCACGAAUACUGCCGCAGCUCCAGGUCCGUCUGCCAUGGAGGCUGCUGCGAGCCAAGGGCUGCAGCAUCUGGCCGAUUUGGCAACUCUUUCAUCGGCGGCUGUGGAAAAGACAGAAGAGGCACCGACCUACCGCACUGCACCCAGCUACGAAGACAUGGGCUUCGACCCUCGGCCUUUACUGCUUAUCGGUUACCUCAACGUUGUCCGCGCAACUCAACAAGCAGCCUAG